AUGAGCAAUUGGCUCAAGUUCUGGGGUUUGCAGAUCACACUUUCCAUCGCAGACCACAAGACGGUGCGCCACCCGAAGGCACCCGAGGCCGCGGCCGCCGACACUUCAAGAGCCCUCAAGCGCCCAGGACUCAGUGGCGGCAAUGAACACCGAACGAAGGCGACAAUUCCCUUAGGCCGCAUGGCCGGCAUCAAAGCGCCCAUGCUCAACACGAUGUACUCGUACUUGCAUGACAAUUGGACACUCAAUGAUCUCUGUGUGUAG